AUGGAGAUUCGCACCCUGUCCCCCGACGACGUCCAAGAGACAGCAACCUCGAGCUCGAGCUCACAAGCUCGCAGCAUUCCAAUCGACCAGAUUGACUCAAUGUUUAAGUCUCGAUAUAUAGACCUCAUCUCCGCACCCCUGGGCUCAAAGAUAGUCUCCUUCAGCGACGAAUGGUUCGCGGCCGCCGAAAACCUCAUCACACCCACCCCGCCGGUCCGGAAACCCGGUGUCUUCACACAUGCGGGUGCCUGGUACGAUGGCUGGGAAACACGUCGGCACAACCAGGAACCUUUCGACUGGGUCGUCAUACGGCUCGGCGUCGCGAGCGGCAAGGCUGCCGGAGUGGAAGUCGAUACCGCAUUCUUCAAUGGGAAUCACGCGCCAGAAAUCGCGGUGGAGGGCUGUUUCAUCACUGGCGAGAAGGACGAGGAUGAGGUCAAGAAGGCGGACUUCAAAGGCUGGGAAACGAUACUUGGGAAGCAGGAGUGCGGACCUAGCCAACGGCAUGCCUGGAUGUUAGAGAAGAUGACGGACAAGGCGUAUACGCAUGUGCGACUGCUCAUGUACCCGGACGGCGGUAUCGCGCGGUUCCGCCUCUACGGCCUCGCAGUCCCCGUCUUCCCUCAAAGCCAAGACGCCAUAUUCGAGCUCUCUGCUACCGUAAUGGGCGGCGUAGCCACCUCGUGCUCCGACCAGCACUUCGGCACUAAGGACAACCUUUUGCUCCCCGGCCGCGGUAAAGACAUGGGCGAUGGCUGGGAGACGAAGCGCACGCGGGGCCCGCACGUCGACUGGGCCAUUAUACGGCUCGGCGCGAAGGGCGAGAUCGAUCAUCUUGUAAUUGAUACAGCGCACUUCAGGGGCAACUUUCCGCAGAAGGUACAAGUUUUCGCGGGGGAGUUUGAGAAGGAGCCGGGGAGCGAGGAUGCGAGUUGGGUGGAAGUUUUGGAACCGCAGAAGAGUGGACCGGAUACGGAGCAUAAGUAUAAGAACGAAUUGAAGGGGGUCGACGGGAAGGCGUAUACGCAUGCGAAGCUGGUGAUUAUUCCGGAUGGCGGGGUGAAGAGGUUUAGGGUGUUUGGGAAGAGGGUGGAAAGUGCUAUCUAG